ACUGUUGUUGACAAUUGAUAAUUUCAUCUUAAAAUUUUAUUUGUGAUUUCACCAAUUACUUAAAUUCAAACACAUUAACCAUACUUGAUUAAUUUAAAUAAUUGAUAUUUAAAGGCAGAUUUUAUUUUUAAAAUUUUCACUUGGCAACGUAUUUUAAUAACUAUAUUUCUUACUCUUACCAAUUUACUUUGAAACAAUAACAUUCUUAUUGAAUCGUUGCUGAUAACAGUUUGAUAACUUCAAAUUACUAAUUGAAACUAUGUUACGAACGCCACUACGCUUUUUAAAAAGUAGUAAACAGUGCAACCGUGUACUAUUCGCAUCAACUUUACAAAGGCAGACAAGAAAGUACCAUGGACUAUCAGGUAUUUUAAAGUCUGACAUUCCACAAAAGAGUCCAGCUAUUUUUGCAUGCUUCCGUACCAUGUUCAUACAAACUCAAGACACACCAAAUCCAAAUAGCUUGAAGUUUUUACCUGGUACUAAAGUUCUGGAGCCGGGUCAAACUUUGGACUUUCCUAAUAUUGGAGCUGCACACUGCAGUCCACUUGCCAAAAUGUUAUUCCGCAUUGAUGGAGUGAAAGCAGUCUUCUUUGGACCAGAAUUCAUUACUGUAACAAAACAGGACGAUGAUGUUGAUUGGAAGCUAUUAAAACCUGAAAUAUUUGGUACAAUAAUGGAUUUCUUUGCCAGCGGACUGCCUGUGGUAACAGAUGCUAAACCUUCGGGUGAUACUCAGAUAAACGAAGAUGAUGAUGAAAUAGUUCAAAUGAUAAAAGAAUUGCUAGACACAAGGAUUCGUCCUACUGUACAAGAAGAUGGUGGCGAUGUACUCUUUGUUGAUUUUAAAGAUGGAAUCCUGAGGCUAAAGAUGCAAGGAUCGUGCUCUUCUUGUCCAAGCUCUAUUGUAACUUUAAAAAAUGGGGUACAGAAUAUGAUGCAGUUUUACAUACCAGAAGUUUUGGCUGUCGAACAAAUAGACGAUGAAGGCGAAAAGCUAAGCGAAAAAAUCUUCCGGGAAUUCGAGCAAAGUAAAGCCAAGGAUGCAAACAAAGAUACAUAAAUGUGUUAUUUAAAUUUUAAUGUAAUUAGAUUUAAGUGUUUGUGAUCGUUUUUAGUUCAAUAAAUUUUGUAAUUAAAAUGUUUUUGUAUGUUG